AUGUUUAGUAUACAUCGACUGAAUGAGGUGAAAUUUACACGUCGCGACUAACAUCAUCACAUCCUCAAAUGCCAUCUUUCUUUAAGUUGUGCUAAUGCUAAUGCCUUAUCUUCAACGGGGUACGUUUCAUCUGAUGUUACAGCUCGGUUGAUUUCGGCACUGAUCGUAUCUUUCAUUGAGAUGAGACUUGAAUUUGGGAAAUAGAUGCAUUCAAACAUGGAAUUGGAAGAUAUGUUAAAUGGCGCUUGUUGAAUUUUCUUUAAUCUUGUGCGAUGUAAUCAUGAUGACUUAUACAGUCAUUUUGUAACCAUUUUUAUCAGGAUGAACUUGCUUUCCUCAUUUCUUGUCAACCUAAAACUAUUGGAAUUAUUCUAAAAUGUGUAGUCAAAGUCAACAGACAAUUUACGUUCGUCGUCAGCGAGAUGAACUCUUGAUAGAUGCAAUUAAACAUGGAAUUGGAAGAUGUUUCAGGGGCACCCAGCGACUAUAUUCUGUAAAAUAACUGUUCGAAGGAGCAAAUAUUGCCUAGAAAUUUUGAAAGCUUGAGAAAAGCUUAAAAUUUCUGUAUAACUGUUCCAUUCGUCUAAAAUAUAUUUCUAAUAGCUUAACUACGAUUUUCGAAGGCUGUGUUUUCACAUUUUAAUAUCAAGAUAGUGCGAUUAGUAUUGUUAAAAAAGAUCUCCUAAAACGUUCAGUAUAAAGGCAAAACGUUCCCUAUAGUUUUCUAUGAAAGCAAGGCUACUUCAUGUCCUCGAGGGUAGCUAACACUUUCAGAUGAGACGAAUGAGAGCCAGCUAAAACUUUCGUGACGAUCAAAGUUCCCCUAAGACAUCCGGACAGAUAAAUAGUUCUUAGGACAACUCCAAAUUGACCAAACAGGCCUCUAAGGCAUAGAGAAAACCAUCUGAGACACUUCUGGCGUAUUUGGAAACAAUCGAUCGUUGGGUGCCCCUGAUGUUUUUAAUCUCGUCUGUUGAAUUGUCUUUGAUCAAUCUUGCAUGUGAAAUGUAACAGGGGCACCCAACGAGAAUAUAGUUCAAAACCACUUAAACAUAGCAUUGUUAAACGUAUUUUAGUAUUUAAACAGUAGAUAUAGGCAUAUUUUUAUCCCCUAAAAAUUUUUCAUCUGUUCGGAUUUCCUAGCUGAAAGUCUAGUGAUCCGAAAAUUAUAGGGAUCAAAACUUACCUUUUCGAAAAUUCCUGCCAGAAAAAAGGCUCCCGAAAAUUCUAGGUGACCUUUUAAGGGUAAAAAUCCGUUUAAAAUGGGCAAUUAUGACAUUUUUUAGAUGUUCGAAAAUCUUAGGAGAGGCAGGCAAGCAAGAAAUUUUACAACAAAUGUUCCGAAAAUUCUAGAUCUCAAAUCGUCUUCCGAACAGAUAUUUUCCGAAAAUUGUCGUUGGGUGCCCCUGAUGUAAUCAUGAUCACUCCUACAAUCAUUUUGUGACCAUUCUUUAUCAGGAUGAACUUGUGUUUUUCAUUUCUUGUCAACCUAAAUUGGAAUUAUUGCAAAAUGUGCAGUUAAAGUCAAACAAUUCAGUACGUUCGUCAGCGAGAGAUUUAGUGUGGUGUUCUUACACUGUAAAAGGUAGUGACAAUAUUAAGUUUGUGAAGACGAUGACCCCCGCUGUAUGUAAAAUUGUAACGCUUAAUUGUUUACAUCAGUUUUCACGGUUUAAAUGGUAAAGUUAGCAGUAAAGCUGACACAAAAUAUCAGUCGGAUUAAGUAAGCAAUUAUUUUCCGGUCCAUGAAAUUGUUCUAUGCGCUAAAGAAACUGUUGCAAGGCUGAACUACCUCUUUAUGUUUUUUCACACGCUACCUUGAGUACCAAUGAAAAGAGCAAAUCGCUCGGGGAAUGCUAAGAUUUAAUAUUCCUAACUAUAUAAUUAAGACCCUUUGUGUUUUAAUAGCUUAUGGCUCAUGCAUAAAAUUGAUGCCGGUUCCUGGCUAUUUCAUUGUCCACUGAUUAUUUUAUUCAUUUAUACUCAUCUGUGAAAUGUUCUUUUGAUUACGCAACCUGGUGUUUCAUUUCCCUUUCAAUCUCUCAUACUAACAAUUCACGUUCUAUACUGUCUUCCCGUAGUUCGCUCGACUAAAAUACUCCGCUUUUUAUAAUUAUCUACUUUGCACUUAUUUCAGAUACAUGGAAAAUGCUUUAAGAAGAUGUUCGUCAGCAUGCAAUGUUGUGUGAUGCCAUACACUAAUCACCUACCAAAACAGGAGCAGGUCUGGCCAAAGAAACAGCACCUUUGCUUCAAAACUACAGCCGCUAAGGCUCUGCAAUGCUUUUGUGUGUUUUUAUCUCCUGUAUGA